AUGGCACAUGGGGCGAUCGUAAAACCCGAGCUGCAUCCAAAGGCGAACGGAGGGAGUGAUGCGUUUCCUGAAGAAACAGUUCCGGCUCUGAUCAAGGAAAACAUCCGACGCCUGGCGGAAGUUGCGGGCUUUGACGGCGGCAACCUCCACGUAGCUGCGGCUACCCGGCAUACAGGUUUGGGCGGUUGGAGAGAAGUAAUAAGAGGAUACGACGCCGUCACCAACAUGUCAGGCGUUUUUGUUACAGCGCCGUCGGCUGACUGCACGCUCGUGCUUUUCGCAGACCCGGUCAACAAAUGCUGCGGCGCGGCGCAUGCUGGCUGGAGUGGAACUAUGAUGUCAGAAGGCAUUGCCAUGGCAAAUGUGAAUGCCAUAAAGAGCAAAUUCUGCACGAAUCCGAAAGAUGUGUUGGUAGCCAUCGGCUCUUCCAUCGGUGCGUGCUGCUACGAAUUCGGUGUAGAUGAGGCCCAACAACUCGAAGAAUUUGACUCCAGCUGCAGUGUACACAAGCCUGAUUAUCCUAAGCUCUUCGUGGACGUCGCUAGGAGGAAUAAGCUUCAACUGCAGAGAGGAGGAGUCCCAGCAUCCAAUAUCGACAUAUCUAAUACCUGCACAAAAUGUCCCCCGGACAAGUUCUCCUACAGACGGGAUGGGACACCCUUUGGAAACCAGAUUGGCUUUAAUGGGAUUAAGCAGUAA